AAUUUUUAGGUUAUGUUGACGAGUCGAAUUAACCUCAAAAAUGUCUCGGUUUUUUAGAACGUUUUCGGCAAUUCGCCCUGUUCUGUUUAAAACGAACCCUAUUAUAGAUUUAAAGCCCUUUACAAUCAUAAAUACAACCGUUUUGUAUCGUCCAAAUUCAACGUUAAUACCCAAAGUGAAGCCCCAACUUGUUCAAGGUAUUCAAGAUAAAAUCUCUUCGUUACAACUGAAAAAACGCCCGGCACGAAAAAAGCGAACCCUCGAAGAAGAAGACCUUAAAAUUAAAACCCCCGGUUUUUUUGACGUGACCGCAUUCUCCACCGCUGAUGAGUACAACCUAGAAAAAUUACUUUCCGGCUUAAAACAAGAAGAUUUAUACGAACCGAAAUUCGUGGAUAACACCGAUGUAGUUCAUGCGGUUGCUAAAUAUCAAGUUGGGGAUGAACCCCGAGAGUUAUUUUUUUUCCGGGAGGGCACCAUUGUUAUGUGGAACAUAUCCGAAUUAGAAAUCGAAAAUAUUUUAAACUUUAUUAAAACCUUCGAAACGGACGCUUAUUCCGAGAGUUUAAUCCAAAACGAAGCUGAGUAUAUGAAUUAUAGAUGUCAAAAUGACAGAAAACCGUCAUUAACUUCAAACGGAGAAAUUUUAAUCCCCCCGGAAGAUAAUACACUAGAAAAAUACACCUUUUCAAACGCAAUGGCUCUCUCGGUUAAAUUAGGCUGUUGGGAGGCUUCGUUACAACGUUACAUAGACACAAUCGAGUUCGUUACGGACGAUUUAAAAUUCGGUAGGAAAAUCAAAAUGAGUCAAGAUGAUGUAUUGAGAAAACACGGGGAAUUAUUUGCGCUACGUCAUGUGAUUAAUCUAAGCUCGGAUUUAUUGGAUACCCCCGAUUUUUAUUGGGACCAAGAUCAAUUGGAGGUGCUUUAUUCUCAUGUUUGCGGUUAUUUUAGUAUCGCGAAGCGUACGCGGGUGAUGAACGAAAAAAUUAAUCAUUGCGUUGAACUUAUCGAGUUGUUAUCGUCGCAUUUAAGUGAUAAACAUCACGUACGAUUGGAAUGGAUGAUUAUUGUUUUGAUUAUGGUUGAGGUUGGGUUCGAAACUUUGCAUUAUGUUGAACGAUAUUUGCAUUGAAGUGUUUUGGGUGCAAUCUCUUAAUUAAGAAUUAAAUUAGUGUUUUUGAGAAAAAUUUUAAAAUAAUUUUAGUGGAUAAAUAAUCUUUGCUUAUAAUAAUU